AUGGACGAUCCGAAUAGAAUGAUGGCGCACAGCGGUGGUCUCAUGGGACCUCAAGGCUAUGGUCUUCCUGGCGGCGAUGGGGCUCCCGCCACUGGUGAAGGCGAAGCCCGAAAACAAGACAUCGGGGAAAUUUUACAACAAAUCAUGAAUAUCACCGAUCAAAGUCUCGAUGAGGCUCAAGCAAGAAAACAUACACUGAACUGCCACAGAAUGAAACCUGCACUUUUCUCUGUGUUGUGUGAAAUUAAAGAAAAAACAGUGUUGUCUCUUCGUAACACGCAAGAGGAGGAGCCCCCAGAUCCUCAACUCAUGCGUUUAGACAACAUGCUGAUUGCUGAAGGAGUGGCGGGCCCUGAGAAAGGUGGCGGUGCUGGGGCUGCAGCCUCGGCAUCAGCGGCCGCGGGAGAGUGGGGUGAUUGCAGUGUGGCUCAAGCAGAUAACGCGAUCGAGCACUCGGACUACCGCGCGAAGCUGGCCCAGAUCAGGCAGAUCUACCACCAGGAACUCGACAAGUACGAGAACGCCUGCAACGAGUUCACCACACACGUCAUGAACCUGUUACGAGAACAGAGCCGCACCAGGCCUAUCACUCCCAAGGAAAUAGAGCGCAUGGUGCAGAUCAUACACAAGAAGUUCAGUUCCAUUCAGAUGCAGCUGAAGCAGUCCACCUGCGAGGCCGUCAUGAUCCUGCGUUCACGUUUCCUGGACGCGCGCAGAAAGCGGCGCAACUUCAGCAAGCAGGCGUCCGAGAUCCUGAACGAGUACUUCUACUCGCACCUGUCCAACCCCUACCCCAGCGAGGAGGCCAAGGAGGAGCUGGCGCGCAAGUGCGGCAUCACCGUGUCCCAGGUGUCUAAUUGGUUCGGCAAUAAACGUAUUCGCUACAAGAAGAACAUCGGGAAGGCGCAGGAGGAGGCGAAUCUGUACGCCGCUAAGAAGGCCGCUGACCUCUCUUGGGCGGGCGCGGGCCGGCGCGAUGCGCGCUCACCUUCGGCCGGACACGCCUCAUACAACACAGCGGGUGCGUCGCCGUACUCGAUGGGCGCCGCGUCAGGGACGGCCACGCCCAUGAUGUCUCCGGCGCCCACGCAGGACUCCAUGGGGUACGCGCUGCCCGCGGCCGGCUACGACCAGCCCCAGCCACCGUACGACACCUCCAUGUCCUACGACCCCAUGCAUCAGGACCUCUCGCCUUAG